AUGAUGUCCAUAAUCUUUUCAGUCUUACCGACAAGUUUUCUUGUUUAUGAUUCUGGAUGUACAAUCCUUCGUAUCAUAGACUGGAAAAAUUUGCACAUUUUCAUCACUGUGAUUGCUGUUGAUGGCAUUACUUCUACUACUGCUGCCACAACCACUGUUACCUCUACCAGUACAGCUGCUAGCCAGGCACCAUCAGCUCUUGUUGCUGCUUCCAGUAGUGGGUCAAUAUAUGCUUCCUCAGUGGAGAUGAUGUUUGAGAAAGUUGGUUUUGAAAGUGGAACAGGGCAGCUGCAAUUGGAAACUUCAAGUGUAAGCAUACCUUCUGCUGCACCGAAAAUGCCAUCAGAAAUCACUGGGAAGACAGUUGAGGAGAUCAUCAAGGAGUGGAACGCUGAACUGCAAGAGCGAACAGGGAAAUUUCGGAAGCAAGCCAGUGCAAUAGCUGAAUGGGAUAAGAGGAUUUUGCAAAAUCGUGAUGUUCUUCUUAGGCUUGAGAUUGAAGUAGCAAAAGUGGUUGAGAUGCAAGCUAGGUUGGAGAGACAGCUGGAACUAAUUGAAACUCAUCAGCAAGAGGUUGACAAGGCUUUGCAGAGCAUUGAAGAAGAAGCUGAGCGCAUUUAUAAGGACGGACUUGUAAUACUUCUUGAUGACGAAGCUGCAUCUACAAGAGAUGCAAUGCAUGAGCAAGCUGAGUUUAUAGAGAGGGAGCUAGAGCAAAUGACCAAACAGAUCAAAUCAAUCAUUCAGAACCUAAACUCCAAUCAGGGUGGAGAGCUUGCGGCGGUUGAUGGAUGA